AUGAUAAAAGACCGGGUGCUGUUGUUGAGAUUGAGCGACUCGGGCGAGCCGCUGGUGAGCUGCUCCUACGGGCUCGGAGUGCUCACCCUGCCGUCGAUGCCGCCGACCUCAUCGAGUGAUAUGCCGCUGUUCACGGUGCGGUUGCUGGUCGGUGCAGGGUCUCCGGUGGCACGUGAUGGACUGAUCUGGCAUAACUGUCCGCCGGACCACGUGACCCGGUUUCGAAGGAAUAAAUUCUACAAGAAGGUAAUCGAGAGUAGUUUCCAUCGAGACGACCUGGUCGAUCUGGAGGUUUUCAAGCCCGGGUCGUACUGCUUUUACCUGUCGUUUCGGAACGAUAAGGAGGAAUUGGAGACCACCAGAAAGUUUUAUUUUGUCGUUCCGCCCGUGCUACACAUCAAUGGUCGUUUCACACAGCUGAACUCGAUAGCGCUGCAGAGUGUGGUGUCGAAGUGGAUGGGGAAGGAUUGGGACAGCGUCUUUGAGCAGAUCGCUGCGAAGAAAUACAACAUGGUACACUUCACCCCGUUGCAGCGCCGCGGGAUGUCGAAUUCCCCUUAUUCGAUCUACGAUCAGCUUGUGUUCGAUCCCGAUUUCUUCCAGGACGCUUCCGAGGUGGAAAAGAUGGUGAAGAGACUUCAUAGUAAGUAUAAUAUGCUGUCUUUAACGGAUGUGGUGUUCAAUCAUACCGCGAACAACUCGCCCUGGUUGCGGGAGCAUCCUGAAGCCGGCUACAAUUUCGAAACCGCUCCGCAUCUGAUUGCUGCCAUCGAGUUGGACCAGGCCUUGCUCGAUUUCAGUCGGAGAUUGACUGAGCUGGGCUAUCCGACCGACUUGAAGAACACCGAUGAUCUGUGCUUAGUUAUGGAAGGAAUCAAGAGCCAUGUGAUAGGAUCCAUGAAGCUGUGGGAGUACUACGUCAUCGAUAUCGAGACAACUAUUGAUCAGGUAAAAGAGCUGUGGGAGAGACCUAGUUCCGACGAUGCGGUUGAUAUACCUAAGGAUAUAGUUGGCGAUAAUCUAGUUCAGGUUGCACAAUUUGUCCGUGAUCGUCUUACAGGUGAGAAAUUCGGGACCCUAGGUAAGCGCAAUGGCAAUAGUUUGUAUGUUUCGAAGUUCACUGCAGUGCUGAAAUGCUUGUACGGUGAAGUCUGGGACGACCUGCUUCUGAACAAAAUGCGCAAGAUCUUGAAUGAGGUGAAUCUACCCCUUUAUGCACAGUAUGACGACGAUGUCAGUGAAAUCUUGGAGCAACUUUUCAAUCGAAUCAAGUAUCUAAGAAUUGAUGACCAUGGCCCAAAGCAAGGGCCAAUCACUGAUCAGGUUCCUUUAACGGAACCUUACUUCACUAGGUUUAAAGACAAAAAUGGGAAAGAUUAUGCGCUGGCGAACAACGGCUGGAUAUGGAAUGGUAACCCAUUAGUCGAUUUUGCGUCCGAUAAGUCAAGGGCCUACCUACGCAGAGAGGUUAUCGUUUGGGGCGACUGUGUGAAACUGAGGUACGGAAGAGGACCACAAGAUUCUCCUUAUCUUUGGGAAAGAAUGUCCAAAUACGUUGAACUGAAUGCUAGGAUCUUUGAUGGUUUCAGGAUAGAUAACUGUCAUUCUACUCCUCUACAUGUAGGUGAAUAUUUCCUAGAUUUAGCAAGGGAGGUCAAUCCAAAUUUAUACGUGGUGGCAGAACUGUUUUCUGGUUCAGAGACUAUGGAUUGCUUGUUUGUUGAAAGAUUGGGAAUAUCCUCCCUUAUCAGAGAGGCGAUGCAAGCUUGGUCCGAGGAAGAACUUAGUCGCUUGGUUCAUAGACAUGGUGGUAGACCAGUUGGAUCUUACAAAUUCCUGCCACUGAAAAACUUCCCAUUUCCUGCUGAUUUGAAGCUUGGUAGAAACUUCAAGUUGCAACCCAACAAUUCCGUCUUAUCAACCUCUGAAGUUAUCAUCCCAAAAAUUCUUACUGCAAUCCCACCUCAUGCUUUAUUCAUGGAUUGUACGCACGAUAACGAAAUGCCUAAUCAAAAAAGAACUGUUGAAGACACUCUGCCCAAUGCUGCCCUUGUGGCCUUCUGUUCCAGUGCCAUCGGUUCGGUUUACGGUUAUGAUGAGAUCUUUCCCAAACUUCUAGACCUUGUUCAAGAGAGAAGGACAUAUGAUGUGAAAUCAGGUAUGGGAAUCGCUAAGGUCAAAGCAAAAUUGAACGAGAUUAGAUUUGAGAUGAGUAAGCUGAGUGUCGACAUUGAGGAUGCUGAAAUGCAUGUACAUCACGAUGGGCAGUAUAUUACGUUCCACCGCACUGACGCUAAAUCUGGUCGUGGUUGGUUCUUGAUCGCUAGGACAAAGUUUCAUGAAGGUGCGGAAGAACAGCCCUUGCCAUUAACUCAACUCUCUCAUACGACUUGCAAGUUCAAAUUCGCUUAUUCCCUACGGAAAACUGGUGACUUGCCCGUUGAUGAUCACUACAUUAAAGGAAUACCAACGGAACUGCAGGAAAUCAAUGGCGUUGAAGUAGCUUUCGAUGAGGAGAAGAAGCUCUCGACCAUAAACAUCAGUGAUUAUUUUCCACAGGGGUCCAUUGCCGUCUUUCAAACCCAACAGAUUGGAGUUGAUGAAACUUUGGAUCAUUUCAUCAGAGCGGGAGCUAUAGAUGCUACAGCUAAAGUAAACCUGGAAUCAUUAAACGCUAUUCUAUACCGCUCAGAACCUGAGGAAUACGAUAUUUCUGGUGGCAAAGUUGGUGCAUAUGAUAUACCACAUUAUGGAAAACUCGUUUAUUGUGGAUUAGAAGGCUGGGUUUCUGUGUUGCAGCCAAUAAUCUUUUCAAAUGACCUGGCUCAUCCAUUGAGUGACAACUUGCGGAAUGGAUUUUGGGCUUUGGAUUAUAUUGUGAACAGGCUGGAUUAUUAUAUGCAGGAAGCUGGCAUUCCUGAGAUACGAAAGUGGUUGCAAGAUAGGAUCGAGAGGAUCAGGUCAAUACCAUACUAUUUGGUACCUAGCUAUUUUGCCCUUAUCGUCGGUGUUCUUUACGGUUGCUGUCGCUUGCGUGCCAUGCAAUUGAUGUCAGGUAACAUAGGGGAAUCGACCACUUUUGUUCAAAGUCUGUCAUUAACUUCCAUUCAAAUGAUCUCUAGAAUGAAAUCAACUUCAAUUUUGCCCAAGGAGAAUGUGCCUGCCAUGGCGGCUGGUUUACCACAUUUCAGUACUGAUUAUAUGAGAUGCUGGGGACGGGAUGUCUUUAUCUCGCUAAGGGGAUUAUUACUAACCACAGGCAGAUUCGAUGAAGCUAAAAAUCAUAUCUUGGCCUUCGCUAAAACUUUAAAGCAUGGUCUCAUUCCUAAUCUGUUAGAUGCUGGAAGAAAUCCCAGAUAUAAUGCUCGUGAUGCCGCAUGGUUUUUCCUACAAGCCAUUCAAGAUUACGUAAACAUCGUUCCUCGGGGUGAGUUGAUCUUGAAAGAGAAAGUGACUAGGCGUUUCCCACUAGACGAUACAUAUAUCCCGUUUGAUGAUCCACAGGCAUUUAGUUACUCCAGUUCCCUGGAAGAAAUCAUAUUUGAAAUUCUAAGCAGACAUGCCAAGGGGAUUAAAUACAGAGAAGCCAAUGCAGGCCCUAAUCUGGAUAGAGUCAUGAAGGAUGAGGGUUUCAAUGUUGAAAUUCAUGUCGAUUGGUCGACUGGGUUGGUCCAUGGUGGUUCUCAGUUCAACUGUGGUACCUGGAUGGAUAAAAUGGGGGAGAGUGAAAAGGCUGGCUCAGUUGGCAUACCUGGAACACCAAGAGAUGGUGCAGCUAUUGAAAUAAAUGGACUUUUAAAAAGUGCUUUGAGGUUUGUUAUCGCCCUUCAUAACACCGGGAGUUUCAGAUAUACUGAAGUUGAAAGGGCCGACGGGACCAAAAUAACGUUUGUUGAUUGGAAUAAGUUGUUGCAAGAGAAUUUUGAGAAGAAGUUUUAUGUGCCACAAGACCCUUCCGAUGACCCAAAGUACGACAUAGAUCCCAAGAUUGUCAAUCGGAGAGGCAUUUACAAGGACCUGUACCGCUCUGGUAAGCCCUACGAGGACUAUCAGCUACGGCCUAAUUUUGCCAUCGCAAUGACGGUGGCUCCGGAACUAUUCACUUGUAAGUUCGCGGCACACGCUAUCAAUGUAGCAGACGACGUUCUGAGAGGGCCCGUAGGCAUGCGAACGUUAGAUCCAAGCGACUACAACUACCGCCCUUACUACAACAACGGUGAGGACUCCGAAGAUUUUGCCACCUCCAAGGGAAGAAAUUACCACCAGGGUCCAGAAUGGGUCUGGCUGUACGGAUACUUCCUCAGAGCGUACCACCAUUUCAACUUCAUCACCGAUCCGCGGGCCCAAAACGGCCCCAAGACGAAGCCCUCCUCCUUCUUGUACCAGCAGCUCUACUCGAGGAUGAUCAAGCACACCGAAUGGAUCGCCGACAGCCCAUGGGCUGGGAUCACAGAGCUGACCAACAAGGACGGAGAGCUGUGCAACGACUCAAGCCCGACCCAGGCGUGGAGCACAGCCUGUCUCCUAGACGUGUUCUACGAUAUGUGGAGCGCCUACGAGGACGUCGAUGAGCCUGAGAUGCCAAUGCCAGACCAGUUAGCCAAGACUCUUAGAUAA